ACAGCAUGGCUGUCAAAAAAAUCGCAAUCUUCGGCGCCACCGGCAGGACUGGGCUUACCACCUUGGCUCAGGCGGUGCAAGGAGGUUAUGAAGUGACAGUGCUGGUGCGAGACCCCUCCAGGCUGCCCUCCGAGGGACCCAAGCCGGACCACGUGGUCGUGGGCGACGUCCGGAAGGCGGAGGAUGUGGACAAGACCGUGGUGGGGCAGGACGCCGUCAUCGUGCUGCUGGGCACCGGCAACGACCUCAGUCCCACCACAGUGAUGUCCGAGGGCGCCCAGAACAUUGUGGCGGCCAUGAAGGCUCACGGCGUGGACAAGGUCGUGGCCUGCACCUCGGCCUUCCUGCUGUGGGACCCCACAAAGGUGCCCCCGAGACUGCAGGACGUGACCAAUGACCACAUUCGGAUGCACAAGAUACUACAGGAGUCAGGCUUGAAGUAUGUUGCUGUGAUGCCACCCCACAUAGGGGACCAGCCACUGACUGGGGCUUACACAGUCACUCUGGAUGGAAGAGGGCCCUCUAGGGUCAUCUCCAAACAUGACCUGGGUCACUUCAUGCUGCACUGUCUCACCACUGACCAGUACAAUGGGCACAACACCUACCCUUCCCACCAGUAUGACUAG